AGUCCCUAGAUAAGUCUCUCCAGCCGAAAACUAGCGAAAGCAUCUCGUCCGAGCCGAUGUGAAAGCCACGUGUCUACGUAAUGAGAUUCCAGUCUGUCGCUUCGACCCACACUCCCGCAUCCUGUCCAGGCGCGCGGGUUCAACACUGCGCGGGCACGUUCGCGCCGAGCGCGCUCCACUUUCGGAAAGGGGCUACCGGUGCUCCUGAGGCAGUUUAAUAUAAGCAGAGGAACAAGCACAAACGGGUUCACUCUUAUAAAGGACGGCAAAUGAAAAAUUUUUUUUUUUUUUAAAUCGAAGUUUUGGAGGAAUACUGGAAUUCCGCAGCUGCUGGAAAUGUUUGAUUAAACCAAGGGGACAGAAACGCUGGUGAUGUGCUUAGUUGGGGUUUACCGUUGCGGUCCUCUAACACGAAGGCACGCGCCCUCGCCUGGCUUCUGACGCCGCACAGAGCACAUCCCACCCUUACCACGGAGCGCCGAACUAAUAUGCAAUGUUAUCUUGUGCUGAAUGCCCUCGCGACGCACCGUGAUCAGGCCACACACCCACCCCCGCGCGACCAAUGCGAUCGAAAAAGUGUAUUCGGGUUACGGACAUGCCGGGAAGGCUACGCCACUGUUAACGCGUCGGAUCCGAACCCAAGCGCCGUCCUAAAGUGGCACGCAAUAUUUCUGCACUUCAAUGAAAACGCAGAGCAGCCGGGGCAUCACACGGCGUUUUCUAUGGUACAAGUAGCAUUCUCGUGCGGCAGAACUGAUCCAGCAGGGCUAUUAUGCAACCGCAAAGAGCCCUUCCCUAUGAGGGCGCCUAGGCUGCUGGACUGCUCUUCGCCCAAAUCAAUGUGGUUUCUUUGGAACAUUUUCAGCAAAGGAUCGCAUAUGCUGCAGUGUCUUUGUGGCAAGAGUCUUAAGAAAAACAAGAACCCAAGUGAUCCCCAGCUCAAGGGCAUUGUGACCAGGUUAUAUUGCAGGCAAGGUUACUACUUGCAGAUGAGCCCAGAUGGAUGUUUGGAUGGGACCAAAGAUGACAGCACUAACUCCUCAAUGUUUAACCUCAUCCCAGUGGGCCUUCGAAUUGUUGCUAUCCAGUCUGUGAAGACAGGAUUAUACAUUGCUAUGAAUGCAGAGGGCCAUCUGUACACAUCGGAGCUUUUCACACCAGAAUGCAAGUUCAAAGAGUCGGUUUUUGAAAACUACUACGUCAUUUAUUCAUCCAUGCUCUACAGACAGCAGGAGUCAGGACGGGCCUGGUUCCUAGGCCUAAAUAAAGAGGGCCAGCCUAUGAAGGGGAACCGGGUGAAAAAGACGAAACCAGCUGCACACUUUCUACCCAAACCCAUAGAAGUUGCCAUGUAUCGUGAGCCCUCCUUGCACGACGUUGGUGAAGCAGUCCCAAAGGCUGGAGUUCCUCCCAGCAAAAGCACAGAGCCAGUUGUAAUGAAUGGUGGCAAGCCUGUCAGCAAGCCUGACAAGGAGACAUAGCCCUUUUCCCCUUCCCCUCCCCUUUGGAGGGACUCUCCACAUGUGCUACUUUUUUUUUUCAAAUCACACGUUUGUGUCUUUGGCUUGUGAAAGGAAAAAAGAGGAAAAAUCUCCCUGCUGUAGUGUUUAUCCACUGGAACAAAUGAAUCAAGGGGUGGUCAAAGGACAAGGGUGUAUUGCUCAUAAAGACUGUGAGAGUCUGGAGGAGAUGGAUGAGGAGGAAGAGCGGGGCCACAGAAUGCUCAGCAUUAAGAGUCUGUCAUUGGAAUGUCCUAUGCGAUAUGGAAUGUCUUUUUAAAAGUCCCUUUUCUUUCAGUUCUGCCUUUAUUCCUGUGACAAUCCUCUGUGAAAAUGCCAUAUUUUCAUCUGCCUUGUCUGGUAGCUUUGCCUGCUGACAGCUACCCACAGGUUUUCAGUUGGACUUUUCAUGUUAUUGUGGUUUUGUAGAAUACCACAGUGUACCAGCAUUUGUCUUGAUUGAUUCCUGUACAGAUCUGUCCUGUACUGACUACUGUUAAAUCAGUUAUUGUUGCUGUCUUUUGUUCCUCGUUGGCCCAUUUCUUUUGUUUGGUCUUUUCUAUAACGUUUUCCAUGUAUAAUGUCAAGAUUAGUGCACAUAAAUUAAAUGUGGACAAUAUGAAGAAACUUGCUACAUCAUGUAAGAUAGAUGUGCUUAAAAUACAGUAAAUGGUAGAGACGGUGUGGAGCUGCCAGACUGGCUGGAGAACUGGUGCUUGGGUUAAUUUCUUCCUUUUAGUUAUUAUCGCUCAUAAGAAUGACUGACAGAAUAGCAUUGAAUUGCACUAGGUUUUAAUCUGUGAACAGUUAAGAGAUAUGACAUUGAUAAUCAUGCCUCUAGGCAUUCAGGGUGGACAUAACCCCUCACAGGGGAACAGUAUACAUAUCACAAAUACCCUCAAUAUGCCUCAGCUCACUUACCUGACCCUCGGAUAACGGCUUUUUAAAAGGAAUUUUGUUGUCUGAAGUCAACAUAGUUAUCGGCCUCUAUGGUUUUUUU